GGCGCUGUGGCAUACAAGACGCCAAUAAGACGUGGUAGAGGAAGAAGCCGUUUCAUAACAAACGUCACUUCCGCUGACCGCAGUUGAAGGUGAUCAGCACUUCCAUCAAUGUUGCGCCUCAUCACCGCAUCACUGUGCCUUCAGUGCCACCGCGUUAAAUCUUUCCCUUCGAACCUCAGACCAUGUGGGACACUCAGCUCGUCAGAGAACCAACAGACUGUGGAGGCUCUCUAUGUUCUCUCUGUGGACAUCCAAAAGGUGAGAAAGCUUAAAGGCUGGGUCCUGCAUCAGAAUCCGGCCUAUACAAAGGAGGUUGCAGAUUUGUUGAAGGACCUGGGUGCCUCGGGGAGCAUCAUCUCUCAGAUCUUAACGGUUUACCCUGAGGCUGUGCUCUGUAAUCCAGACCAAACACUUGCACAGAAAGAGCUCUGGAUGUCCGUGUGUCCCAAUCAGAAAGAGCUGGUUGGUAUCAUAGAGAAAUUCCCGGCCUCCUUCUUCACCUCUUCAAGUCACCAUGACAACCAGCGCAACAAUAUAGCUUACUUCCAAAGCUUAAACCUCAAUAAGCGAAUGAUCACCAAGCUCAUGGCCAGUGCCCCGCAGAGCUUCAGUCGUCCAGUAGAGCAGAACCAGGACAUGGUGCGCACCCUCCAAAAGACCUACCAGGACCUCGGAGGAGACGAGGCCAACAUGAAGAUCUGGCUUCAGAAGUUGCUGAACCAGAAUCCCUUUGUGCUCCUCAAACCGCCGCAAGUGCUGAGGCAGAACAUGCUCUUCUUGCAAGACAAAGGCUUCAGGACAGCAGAGCUCCUCUACCUCCUCUCCAAACUGAAGGCCUUUGUUAUUGAGCUAAACCCGGACAGCAUGCGCCAGACCCUGACCUACUCCCGGGACACCUUGGGGUGCUCUGACGCAGAGCUGCGAGAUAUCAUCGUCAGCUGUCCGGCGUUACUUUACUACCCUAAAGAUAUUCUAGCCGAGCGCUUUCAGGGGCUCCUCAGCGCCGGGAUCAGCAUGCAUCAAAUUGCACAAACUCCGACUGUGAUGGAACUGACAACACAAAUAGUUAAUUAUCGCAUUCAGAGACUGAAGUCACGUGGCUAUGAUGUAAGGACUGCUAGUCUGGACGUUCUCAAUGGUACUAAGAAGGACUUUGAGGUGAGCUAUGGGAAACUACAUUUUCGCAGAGAGAGACCUCUUUUUAACCCUGUGGCUCCUUUAAAAGGAGAUGACUGACGUACGUUUAAACGUCACGUGAUUAGGUACAAUCUAAUGGGAUCCAAUGUUAAAGCUGUUUCAGAAGUUCUUGCUAUACAUGUCUUUGAUUGACACCGUCAGAAAGUUAUUGGUUCGACAACAGGUUUAGUUCUGGAGUUGGAUGAGAUGUUUUCGGUUCUGAAAGUCACUGUGCACUUAUUUGUAUUCACAGACAUGUUUCGAUAUAGAACACAUGCGCCUCCUGUAUUCUAUACUUAAACACACAUACGCUAAUUUAUAUAUAUAUACUAGGAACUAGGAAGCACACCGGAAGCUGCUUUAAGCCUCCCGCACACUGCGAGACGUGGUCGAACGCACCCCGCACAUGGGCGACUCACAAGUGGAUGCCUGGUAAUGUGUGUUCAGUAUCUUGUACUUCAUCACAUUCAUUAAACAAUAAAAAGAUAGAUGAAUAGUUAGGGAAGUAGCGGGUUGCUAACGAGAGACGGUGUUGGUGAGACUAAACGCGCGAGUGUGGAUAUUCAUUUGAACAGACCCAGCGUGUACGUACGUUCGCGUACAUUCUGGUCACAAGCUUUGCUUUUUCAACCACAGGUACAAUAUACAUUAUGACUAUACGUAGUUAAGUAAUGAUGUAAAACGAUAUUUGAUGCUUUAUAUACUAUUUAUAUGGCUUUAUGCGGCGCGGCUUGCUCAACCCAGAAAUAUGUUUUCCCCGUGAGAGGAAAGCUUAUCUGCGGCAAAAGCAGUGGCAGACUGAAAACGGUCGCCUAAUCACGCCCGCUGCGCGAGCGUUCAGUCGGGUUUGGCGGCGUCGCUCAGUGUGCGACAGCCUUUAGACGCCAUGAUUGUGACGUGUGUCACUGCGCUGACAGAAACGUUUUUGUCACGUUUGCUAUGACGGUUACAUUUUGUUUGACAUGCAUACAAAAUGUCCAACUGAAAUUCUAACAAACUCUGUUGCGCUGUUGCAAACUAGCGUACAGGUAAAAAGAGCUUUGUUUGAUCUCAGCAGUUCUGCGGUGUUUUCUGUGUUACAAUCUCGGUUCAUCGCGAAGGACCGCCUUGAGAUCGGGACGUUCUUCCACACCAAACUCAUCCGAGCAUACCUCGCUUAGUGCUGUGUGGGCAAAGACAAGUUGUUGGAGCGAUGCUUGUUAGCGGCCGGACUACCGUCGAGGUGCCCCUGAGCAAGGCGCCGAUUUCCCCCCUCAGUCACUAUUUGCGCACCCGUGAUAAUGAGUGUCACUUGAAUUUCCUCUUGAGGGAUUAAAAUACAAGUACAAUUUCAGUAUCGAGUUGUUCCGACAAAUUUUCACGUGUAGACGCUUAAGAUGGAGCUACAUAAGUGAUGUGAUUUGAAAAAUGAUCAAAGUGUCUCCUAAUUCCUUUGUCCACUUAGUGUGUAGUGAUUGUUUUCGUGCCGCUUUUAACCAAAAUCCAUUGUGGUCAUCGGGGAUUAGUGUCUUUCGCUUGCAGGUGACAAUUCCGGUUGAAAUACAAACGAGCCUCCAGUGUGAGAUCAGGCCUGUGUGAUAACGUUUGCUGAAACGCUGCAGCUGCCAAACGAGAGACGAAUUCAAAUUGAUCCCCUCAUCAUCAUAAAUUUGCAUGCACUGAACGAUGAGUUUGUCUAAUGUAUGGCCGAGUUUAAAGGAAAGCAAACAAACCAUUUUAUUUACAGCCUGUCGAAAUGUCUCCUUUUACCACAGUGUUCUCGGCGGAACAGCUGUUCCCCCCCCCCCCCCCCCCCCCCAGAAAGCAGUGAAACACUUUUAUUGUUACUUUACAGAUGGGGACACUUUAUUAUGACCCAUUUAAAAAUGCUCCGUCAUUAUCGUUUUAAACCAGACCACAUAACGUGAUGACAGAAAGUCCUUGAUUUUCCAGGUGGAAAUGGUUUCGUGUCACCUUCAUCUGAGUUGACUUGAAAAAAAAGGUCUGCAGCUAUGUUUGAAUUCAUUUAAAAUGAUUAUUUGUUUCAGAUUUUGCGUUAGAUUGAGUCUUUCUGAGUACACAAGGUUCUUUGUCGUAUUUUGAAGGUGUGCUAUUGUUUUUAUAACCAGGGGGGGAGGGAGGAGGGGGCCGUUUCCCAGCGAACAAACAAACAAAGCAAGGACUUGUGUCCGGAGGAAGAAAACAUGCGUUAAGAACUUCCACUUCCCAUCUGCUGCCGUCGACAUCGCUCAGCAUGACUGUGUCGUCAUGGCGAUAGCCGCUGGGCAGAUAAUGAAAAUGUGAGCGCAUCUGGUGAUAAUGCAUGUGAGCUCAGCAGAUGGAUGCUUGAACAGGGAUCAUAUUGAGACCAUUCACAACGGCAAAGCCCACCGGGGCCUGAGUGAUGCUUCAAGUACACUCAUCAACUGACUCAUUUUACACAUCCGUCCCUUUUGUUAUUCCACGCUUGUACACGUCGCAUACAGAUCAUUCUAAGGAUUGAGUAGGAUUUUUAUACACAAAGUAAUGAAAUGUUUUUAGUCCGUCUCCUUUUAUUUGAACAUUUGUAUCCGCACUGCAUACUCUGACCUGCUACAAUAUAAGGUACACUCGGUCUGAUUACCCAAGACCCUAAUAAGGUCAAGCGACAUGGAAAAUAAAUGGAUAGAUAGUUUAUGGUGGUGGUUACCCCAUUUAGCUACAUGACAAUCGAAAUAUUGGACAUGCCUCUCAGUAUGGUAAACAACCUCUAAAAAUGUCAAACUCAAAACUGAGCACAGUAUUAUGUAUUCGUAAAGGCAGGUUUAUUAGCGGUCAUAAUAAUGUGCAUCUGGUAUGUCUAAAACAUGCCAACCUCACACACAACUGUGCAGUUUGAAUCGAACUUUCCAUACACGCUUUUGUUUUCCUGCCGCCAACGGAGGCAGAUGACACGGGGGGGGGGGGGGGGGGGGCCUCGGUCAGCUCCAAAGAGGUUCACUUGUCCUUUGCUGACUGUGCCUCAAUAGCAAAGUCGAGCCAGCGAGGUUAAUAAGCGGGAGCAUCAAUUGUCCCUUUUCCAUUUCCAACAUGGCACAGGUUGAUAUUAGUCGCGCUUAACGCGUUGCCUUUAUGGGGCAUAUCUCAGCAGAAACAGAUGACACGGGCAAUUAAAAGCAAUGAAUUCCAGCCGAAGUGGGAGCGUACGAUCACUGUGGAAAUAAAUAUGUCAGUAUAAGUUCAUAUCUUUCAAUGUUGUAUUUUAAGUAUAGCCUUCAUUCAAACACUGCAGUGAACAGUGUGUUGGUUUUUAUAGAUAUUUAUACAUCCAAUAUGCUGUAGUAAGUGGUAGGAAAAAGCUGGCAACCCUUUGUUGGUUAUAAAAAGUUCCACUGGUGACUUUUGACAAGAUAUUGGAGUGCUGUCCAUUCAUCAAGAAAAAAACCCAAACCAUUUGUGAGAUCAGACGUCACGGAUGUUGGACGUGAGGGCCUGGCUCACCUGCUAGUCCAUCUCGAAGGCGUCUGAUGAUGUUGGGAUUCUAGAAUUUCCAAGAGGUUUCGGUGAGCUCAAGACUCAUGAUUGCUUAUUCAUUCAUAAAACGAUUGAGCGGAAAUGUGUCUGGAUAGGCUUAGGUUUAGGCGUGUAGGUGUGCGUCCUUGACCGGACGCUGUUGUGCACUUGGGCUUCAACUUGCACUUACACGACACAAGAUAAAAUACUGGAAUAUACAGAAAGAAAGAAACCACUUGUAUUUAACAUAUCAUUUUAAUAGUCGGAUGUUCUUCAAAUACUUCAUUUGAGAUUGUAUUCAUUUGGAUUUGUGUUAAUCGUUGAAUAGGAGAAUAAUACACGGGAAUGGUUAAACAGGAACUCUAGGUCAGGAGGAACAUAACUCAUCUGAAAAGUGCGCCGUGAUAUGGAAUGUCAGAAAGAGAUUUUUCAUAGAUUCUGGUGUUUCAUCACUUCCUGUACCUUUUAAGGAGGUCCUUCGAAAAGUUCGAUCACGGGAUGCAAAGUUGGGCGUUGAACAACAAUUCACGUUCACUUCAGUUCGUUUUCAAUGCGCGCAACAAUCCUCUCACGGAAAACGUCUCGCUAUCGUUUUAGGGUUAAGCCUAAUGCAAGACAAUACAAAAUACUAUGCAUAUCUUUGAUGCAUUUUAUUGGGCUGCUUGUUAGUUUUGUCUAAUUGCGUACAAAAUCAAAUAAAGUUCUUAACUGAC